CUGGAUUUGUGAGUGGGGGUGGGAUGUACUCUUUUAGAGACAUCUAACCCUAGUUUUGUUGUUCAUUUCUUCAACCCGGAAGACAGGCAGACUGAGCUUUUGCAAUUAAAAUUUGGCUCAAACAAGAGUGUUGCGUUUUAGCUAUUUGGUUCAUGGAUGCCAGGUUCCAGAAUGUGGGUUUUUCUGCCAACUGUCCCUCGAAUGCAGUCAAGAAUCUGGGCAAUCCCAUCCAAGUCGGUGGAGCUGGAACCAGAGCUCAUUAUUGUGCAGACACCACCUUACGACUUGAUUCCCCUGGUGCUCCAAUUCCUUUCUUGUCUGCCACCAAGGGCAUAAAACGGAAGUGGAGUUCAAUCAAUGGAUGUAUGGACCAGAAAAUUGGGUCUUCAUUGUGUCUUCAACUGGGCCAUUCAUCAAGUUCCUCUGACAGUAAGGGGAGUUCAGCAAGUGCAUGCCCCACUAUGUCUUCGGCCAGAGGAACUGAUGGGGAGUCCUCAAUGGAACUUGAAUUUGACUUCACUCUCCAUCUUAGCAAUGAGAAUACAUCCAGCCCAAAGAAAUCUGCUACCUCUAAUCUGAAAGCACUGGAUGUGCAGUCCAAGGUUGAUCUGGAGUUGAGUCUCUCCACCAGGCCUGCUGAAUCUGAUAUCACUAGUGUUCAUCCGUGCACCACUACACCUCAGGAUGUGAUUAGGAUGUCGCUGGCCAUUGAUGGAGUCUUUCAGGUAGAUGAAGGGUCGUCAUUGGCACCUUGGAAAACCGGACAGGUGUACUCAUUGCAAACUUCACUGGACAUGGACCCUAAUUACUUCCUUAACCAGGCUACGAGAGAAAUCAAGCCCAUGCGGGUAUCUCCAGACCUCUCAUCGAGCAUUAUAACAACACCAAAAAGCUCAGUCACUUGUACUUCCGGGAUAACACAACAGCAACAACAACGCAACAGUAGUACAAAAACAUGUCAGUUCAAGGGAUGUGUAAAGGGAGCAAGAGGUGCUUCUGGACUUUGUAUCGCCCAUGGCGGUGGUCGGAGGUGUCAGAAACCUGGCUGCCAUAAAGGGGCUGAGGGCCGAACUGCAUAUUGCAAGGCCCACGGCGGUGGUCGGCGAUGCGAAUUUUUAGGAUGUUUCAAGAGUGCAGAAGGACGCACAGAUUACUGCAUUGCACAUGGUGGUGGCCGAAGAUGCAGUCAUGAGUGUUGCACUCGUGCUGCUAGAGGGAAAUCAGGACUGUGCAUUCGGCACGGGGGUGGCAAGAGAUGUCAGAAAGAAAACUGCACAAAGAGUGCAGAAGGCCUUUCAGGUCUCUGUAUUUCACAUGGAGGUGGUCGCCGUUGUCAACAUCCAACAUGCACAAAAGGGGCUCAAGGAUCCACAAUAUUUUGCAAGGGACAUGGAGGUGGUAAAAGGUGCACGUUUGAAGGGUGCAACAAGGGUGCUGAAGGGAGCACACCUUUCUGCAAGUGUCAUGGUGGAGGUAAAAGGUGUUCAUUCCAAGGUGGUGGUGUUUGCCCAAAGAGUGUGCACGGAGGGACCCUUUUUUGUGUAGCACAUGGCGGUGGUAAGAGGUGUGCUGUGCUAGAGUGCACAAAGAGUGCAAGGGGGCGGACUGAUUUUUGUGUUCGCCAUGGUGGGGGAAAGAGAUGCAAAAUUGAAGGUUGCGGCAAAAGCGCACAAGGAAGUACGGAUUUCUGUAAGGCCCACGGGGGAGGGAAGAAAUGCUCUUGGGGCCAGCCUGGUUCAGAAUUUGGCAAAGGCGAUGAUCCCUGUAAAUCAUAUUCUAGGGGGAAGACCGGGCUGUGUACGUCCCAUGGUGCCCUAGUGCAGGACAAACGGGUUCACGGGGGUGGUACUCUGGGGGCUAUGGUCCACGAUCCAAAACCUAGCAAAGCUGAGAAAAUGAAAGAGGUGGUCAAUGCUGAGGGCACGAGUGUUGACAGCAUGAAGAUGGGGAGCAGUGUUGUCAUUCCUGCUGGCUGUGCUAGUUCUCGUUGGAAAAAUUCUGGAUUCCUGCUAGCUAGUCUGCCAAUUGGAGGCGGCUCUCCAGUUAUGGUUACAGAAGGAAGGGUACAUGGGGGAAGUAUGUUGACGAUGCUGGCAGGCAAUUCGUGUCUUGGCUUAGGCAGCAGCAAAAGUGUAGGUGGUCUUCCAUCUGAACCUGGGAAAUCUUAUAUGAUGUCUCAGAACUGGAUGUAGUCCUUCGAAAUUGGUUUUCGUAUUGCAGAGUUACUCUGCAUUAUUUGUUUGCAUUUUUAGUUUGUUAGUUGUGUUGAUCGUCAGAAACCGUUCUGAGUCGCAUGUUUAAAUGGUGGGUACCUUAGAAAAUGUUGUCUUUUUACCAUCCUUAUGUAUCAAUAUGCGAAAUCGGGUAGGAUUAGAGUUAGCCUUUCUAGUGUGGGUCGUUGGUAGUUCUCUGUAAAUAUUUGUCAAUGUUGUGAGUUUUGUUCUUGUGAUUAUGUCAAGGCAGUGCCAGUCGAUCAGGCACUUUCAUUAUAAUAAGGGUUUUUGACUUUGGACGCUUGUUUGUAAGCUUUUGUAGAAUUGCUUUGUAGUUCGUUCUCCACAAGAUUGACACACCCGAAGAGAA